AUGGCGGCGCCCAUGGAGGUGGUCGUGUGCACCGAUUCUUCCGCGCCGCUCUGGAGCUGCGUGGUGUGGGAGCUGCACUCGGGGGCGAACCUGCUCACGUACCGCGGCGGCCAGGCGGGACCCCGCGGCCUGGCGGUGCUCAACGGCGAGUACCUGCUGGCGGCGCAGCUGGGCAAGAACUACAUCGGCGCCUGGGAGCUGCAGCGCAAGGAUCAGCUGCAGCAGAAGAUUAUGUGUCCUGGACCUGUCACCUGCCUGACCACAUCCCCCAACGGCCUAUACGUCUUGGCAGGCAUUGCUGAGAGCAUCUAUCUGUGGGAGGUGUGCACGGGGAACCUGUUACUGAUCCUGAAUCGCCACUACCAGGAUGUGUCCUGCCUGAAGUUCACGGGGGACAGCAGCUACUUCCUGUCGGGGGGCCAGGACUGCCUAGUCCUGGUGUGGGAUCUGUUCAGUGUGCUGCAGGUGGACCCAGCCCGGACCCCCGCCCCACGCUACGUCUGGUCUCGGCAUACCCUCCCCAUCACAGACCUCCAUUGCGGCUUCGGGGGCCCCCUGUCACGGGUGGCCACGGCCUCCCUGGAUCAGACAGUGAAGCUCUGGGAGAUCUCCUCUGGUGACCUCCUCUUCUCCGUCUUCUUCGAUGUGGCCAUCUUGGCCGUGACUCUGGACCUGGCUGAGCACCACAUGUUCUGUGGCGGCAGCGAUGGCACCAUCUUCCAGGUGGAUCUGUGCACGUGGCCUGGCCCUCGAGAGAAGAACUUCCCUCCAGAUCAGGAAGGCAAAAUCUUCAAAGGACACAGGAAUCAGGUGACGUGCCUUUCCGUGUCCGCGGAUGGCUCAGUGCUGCUGUCUGGCUCGCAGGAUGAGACGGUGCGUCUCUGGGAUGUUCAGAGCAAGCAGUGCACACGCACGAUGACCCUGAAAGGUCCGGUGACCAACGCCUGCAUCAUGCUGGCCCCCGCCAGCAUGCUCAGCUCUGACUUCCGGCCCAGCCUGCCACUACCCCACUUCAACAAGCACCUGCUGGGCGCUGAACAUGGGGACGAGCGGCAGCAUGGGGGUCUCACACUGCGUCUGGGCCUGCACCAGCAGGGUUCUGAACCCAGCUACCUGGAGCGCACAGAGAAGCUGAACUCUGUUAUGUGCAGUACCAUGGAGAAGAGUGUCCUGGGCGGCCAGGACCAGCCGCGCAUCCGAAUGACGGAGCUGGAGGACGAGGUGAGGAAUCUGCGCAAAAUCAACAGGGAUCUCUUUGACUUCUCCACCCGCAUCAUCACGCGGCCGGCCAAGUGAGCAGCUGCCGCCCCAGUGCUCUCGGAUUUUGGUUAUUUUCAAGUCGGGGUCACACUCCCAAAGGCGUUCAGGGAACAGUGUGGUGCCGGGGCUGGAACCCAGGGCUCCUGCUGCCUACCCCUGCCCUGUCCUGCCUGGCUUGGGUCUCUGUUCCAGCCACUCCGUUUGAACCCCAGGCUCAGCCUGCGGGUACUGUUGGUGCUAUUUCUAAAAAAACACUCAAAA